AUGAAGCUCAGUACGGCCUUUCUCUUGGGGGUGACAACCUUGACAGUUGCUGCAGAUAGCCCAAGCAAGGCCUACACGGAGCCUUAUCGUCCCCAACUCCACUUCAGCCCUGAGAAAAACUGGAUGAAUGAUCCGAACGGCCUCCUGUAUAAUAAUGGUGUUUAUCACCUCUACUUCCAGUAUAACCCUGGGGGUGAUACAUGGGGUGCAAUGUCUUGGGGCCAUGCAACAAGCAACGACUUACUGCAUUGGACUGAACAGCCUAUUGCUCUUGAGGCGAGGGGUUUCCCGGAUAAUAUCACUGAAAUGUUCUUCUCAGGAACGGCUAUCGUCGACGAGAGAAAUACUAGUGGUUUUGGUCGCCAGGGAAAGGUACCCUGGAUUGCUAUGUAUACGUCCUAUUACCCAAUCGAGCAGACACUGCCAAGUGGAAAGCACGUCCGCGCAAAUCAACAGGCCCAAUCUAUAGCAUAUUCGCUCGACAAAGGGAUCACAUGGACCACAUACGACGCCGCUAACCCCGUGAUUCUGGACCCUCCUGCUCCAUACCAAGAUCAGUUCCUGGAGUUCAGGGAUCCCAGUGUCUUCUGGCAUGAGGAUACUGAGCGAUGGGUUGCAGUCAUUAGUCUUGCGAAACUGCACAAGGUCCUUAUCUACACAUCACACGACCUCAAGAAGUGGGACUUGGCCAGUGAGUUUGGUCCAGUCAACGCUGUUGGUGGUGUCUGGGAGUGCCCGAGUAUCUUCCCGCUAUCUCUCGAUGGAACCGUCGGGUCCGGCACGCAGUAUAUCGUGGGGAAUUUCAACGGCACCACGUUUACCGCAGACAGUAACAGUGUCUAUGACGGGAAUAGUCCCACUGAUGGCAUAACAUUUGAGGACUUCGAAGGAGACGAGUCCCUUGCUGCUCGCGGCUGGACGACUACCGGUGAUUUUGUCGGCGCGUCCCCAGCAAAGGGCACCCUCGACGGACAGAACACAGUAACUGGAUUCAAAGGAAACCAGCUUCUGAACACAUUUCUGAACGGCGAUGCCACAACUGGUACUCUCACAUCUAAGCCCUUCGAAAUCUCACAGAGGUACAUCAACUUUCUCGUCGGAGGAGGGAGCAAUACCAACACAACCGCAAUUCAACUGAAAGUGAACGGGCAAGCCGUCCAUACCUCCGCCGGGUCCGACAGCGAAACGCUUUCGUGGGAAAGCUGGGACGUAUUCGCCCUCCAGGGGAAGAGCGGUACUAUCGAGAUCAUCGACAACGCCACCGGAGGCUGGGGCCAUAUCAACGUUGACGAGAUUUCAUUCUCCAAUACGCGCGCCAACAACCAGGUUGCUAAUUGGCUCGACUGGGGCCCAGACUUCUACGCGGCACUCGGGUGGAAUGGUCUCCCUCAGGAUGAUCGAACGGUUAUCGCGUGGAUGAACAAUUGGCAGUAUGGAGCUACCAUCCCGACAGACCCCUGGCGCAGUGCAAUGACGGUUCCCCGGCACCUUGCGCUAAAGACAAUUGGUGGCAAGGCCACAUUGGUGCAGGAGCCAGCGGGAAAGUGGGGAUCAAUCACAUACGGUGGCAAUGUGUCCACGUUCUCUCGGGUGGAUGGUGUGCGCGAGCUCGGCCGUAUCGGGAAAGCGCUGGACAUUCACCUGACAUUCUCCAAUAGACCGCCAUCCUCUUCAAGUAGCAGUUCCGAGUUUGGGAUUGUCGUUGCCGCGACCAACGACUAUACCCAGCAAACGCGAGUCGGCUAUAAUUUCGGCACCCAGGAAGUUUUCAUUGACCGGUCACAAUCGGGGGACGUGUCCUUCGAUAGUACCUUUGCGAGUACGUACUCUGCGCCUUUGUCUCCUUCGGCGAACGGAACUAUUUCCUUGCGGGUUUAUGUGGACUGGUCCAGCGUCGAGGUCUUUGGGGGGGCAGGGUGA